CUUAUAACAUUAAUUUAAUUAAGAUGAAUCCUAUUUAAUAGGCAUGGUUAAAAAUUUUAUAACCAGUUGCAGGUGUUGUCAAUGAGAAAUUAGCUAAAAGAUCAGGUAGCAUAUUAAAAGUAUAUAUGAAGGGCUUUUGGGAAAGAUUGGUAGAUUUUUCUUGAUUGGACCAAGAGAAUUCGGUUAUCAUCCAACAAAUUAAAUGUUUGUUUAUUUCAAUAGAAGAGUAUUAUUUGCUACAGCCUUUAUGGGACAUAAAUAUUCAGUAUUGAAGUAGAAAUAUGAAUAUAUAAUAUAGAGGAUUAACUCAUUAAGGAUAUCAUAUGUUAAGACCAAUGAGAGCAGCAGUAUUCUUAGGUCCUAUUGCUGUAUUAGCUGGUCUAUUCAGAUUAGUAUACUAUUCUUCAGAAAAUAGAUCAUACUAGUAAUAAAUCUUAAUAUUAUCUCCUUAGUCCUGAUAAUCUAGAUUAUGUUAUGAAGAAAGCUACCAAUGCUUUACAUUUCCCAUUGAAUACACUUAAUCAAAGAUUAUCAGCACAUUAUACAGAAAUCAGCUCAAUUUAUACAGCUGAAAUGAUGAAAAGAGUAAAAAUCAAUAUUUUAUUCAAAAAAUUAGUAUCAUAAAUAACAUGCAAAAAUUAUUAAAGAAAGAUCAACAUAAUCUGAACACGUUAAAAAAACCAAAUAUGCUGAUCCAUCUUAUAAAUAUGUUCCUAUGACUCCUGUCCAUAUUGAUGAUAUCAAACUCGCUUGAGUAAUCCAAAUAUAAAAUAUAUUACAAUAAGUUCAUUUAUUU